ACUGGCUCCCUCUACCGCCCAGUCGCAUCGUCAGCAGGCUGAAGGGGGUUCGGCUGGGAGUCUGGGAGUCUGCACCCGUGUGCAGGGGACAGUACCGGGCAGGACCAGCCGGGAGCUGAGCCGUCGCUGUCCUUACGGCCCGCUUUCCAGGUGUGUGAACCUGUGAAGUGCUCCAAGAUGAUCUGGGGUAUUUUAAUUCUGGGGAUUCUACUGCCUCACUCUUCAGCCCACCCGGGCUUCUUUACUUCAAUUGGUCAGAUGACUGAUUUGAUCCAUAAUGAGAAAGACCUAGUGACAUCACUAAAAGACUAUAUUAAAGCAGAAGAGGACAAGUUAGAACAAAUAAAAAAAUGGGCAGAGAAGCUAGACCGGCUUACCAAUACAGCAACAAAGGAUCCGGAAGGGUUUGUUGGGCAUCCUGUAAAUGCAUUCAAGUUAAUGAAGCGUCUGAACACCGAGUGGAGUGAGUUGGAGAAUCUGGUCCUCAAGGAUAUGUCGGAUGGCUUCAUCUCUAACCUAACCAUUCAGAGGCAAUACUUCCCUAAUGAUGAAGAUCAGGUUGGGGCAGCUAAAGCUCUGUUUCGUCUCCAAGACACCUAUAAUCUGGACACAGACACCAUCUCAAAGGGCAAUCUUCCAGGAGUGCAGCACAAGUCUUUUCUAACAGCUGAGGACUGCUUUGAGUUGGGCAAAGUGGCCUAUACAGAAGCAGAUUAUUACCACACGGAACUGUGGAUGGAACAGGCACUAAUGCAGCUGGAGGAAGGAGAGGUUUCCCCUGUAGACAAAGUCUCUGUUCUAGAUUAUUUGAGCUAUGCAGUAUACCAGCAGGGAGACCUGGAUAAGGCACUUUUGCUUACAAAGAAGCUUCUUGAACUAGAUCCGGGACAUCAGAGAGCUAAUGGUAAUUUAAUAUAUUUUGAGUAUAUAAUGAGUAAAGAAAAAGAUGCCAAUAAGUCUACUUCAGGUGACCAAUCUGAUCAGAAAACUACACCAAAGAAAAAAGGGAUUGCUGUGGAUUACCUGCCAGAAAGACAGAAGUACGAAAUGCUGUGCCGUGGGGAGGGUAUCAAAAUGACUCCUCGGAGACAAAAAAAGCUGUUUUGCCGCUACCAUGAUGGAAACAGGAAUCCUAAAUUUAUUCUGGCUCCAGCCAAACAGGAAGAUGAGUGGGACAAGCCUCGUAUUAUUCGUUUCCAUGAUAUUAUUUCUGAUGCAGAAAUUGAGACUGUCAAAGAUUUAGCAAAACCAAGGCUGAGCCGAGCUACAGUACAUGACCCUGAGACGGGGAAAUUGACCACAGCACAGUACAGAGUAUCUAAGAGUGCCUGGCUGGCUGGCUAUGAAGACCCUGUGGUGUCUCGAAUUAAUAUGAGAAUACAAGAUCUCACAGGACUGGAUGUUUCCACAGCAGAGGAAUUGCAGGUAGCAAAUUACGGAGUUGGAGGACAGUAUGAACCCCAUUUUGAUUUUGCAAGGAAAGAUGAGCCAGAUGCUUUUAGAGAGCUUGGGACAGGAAAUAGAAUUGCUACGUGGCUGUUCUAUAUGAGUGAUGUGUCUGCUGGGGGCGCUACUGUUUUUCCCGAAGUAGGAGCCAGUGUUUGGCCCAAAAAAGGCACUGCUGUCUUCUGGUACAAUCUGUUUGCCAGCGGAGAAGGAGACUACAGUACACGGCAUGCAGCCUGUCCCGUGCUAGUUGGAAACAAAUGGGUGUCCAAUAAAUGGCUCCAUGAACGUGGACAAGAAUUCCGAAGGCCGUGCGCCCUGUCAGAAUUGGAAUGACAGACAGGCCCCCGCUCCUGCUGUCCUCUAAUGCACCAGGCACGAUUGCUGAUUAUAACUGAGAGGUUUACAGCUCACUAACACUCCAUGAUUAACUCAGUCAUAAACCUCAUCCCAUGUUUCGUCUGUGGACAAUCACUCACUUGGUGGUUUUUUUUUUUUU